AUGUUCCGAUUAUUUCUAGCCCUUAGCUUCGUUUUUAUUCUGGGUACCUUUGUAGUCUCGAAGAAGCAAUCGGUAAGCAGGCAUUUUUGUCAGUAAAUACCAAGGUAUAUCGUCUCUUUGUAAACGAAUAAAUGUUCUUAAAUAUUUAUGCUGAACUCGGCAAGUUUAUUACUUAAACUCGUGCUCUACACCGUUUAGAAUCGUACCACGUUGAUCGAGAACCUCCCUUUUUAGGAUUCGAAGAAUGGAAUACAGCAAAGUCAGUGUGGAAAGUCUGUUUCUAAGGACAGUUGUUCCGGCCGCGACAGUAUGAACGUAUUAAAACUUGCUGAGUUUCAUAUUGCGCCCGAGUGGAAUUUGCUAUUUCUUGAUAUUUCAUUUUUUUAUUUUACAUAAACGACCCUUUUUCACUCUUGUUUUUUUUCAGGUAGAGACGGCAGAGAUGGUCAAAACGGUAUGGAGUAGCUAAGUUGCAAUUAAAAGGUUCUUUGUAAUUAACACUGAAUCAGAAUCAAUCAAUUUAACAGCCAUAACAGGGUAAGAAAGUUCUGCCAGCAAUGCAUUGUUAAGAACAGAGUCCGCUUGUAAACGACUAGAUAUUUCCAAAAGGAUAGUUGGAAUGUUAAAAUGUCUCUCGAAAAUAAAAUACCAGCAAAUAUUUAGCAAAAAUUUUCUUGUCUUUGAUUGAAGGAAAAGAUGGCCGCUAUGGACGCGACGGGAAAAUGGGAACAAAGGUUGGUGUAAAGAUGUGAACAAAGAAAUGAAGAGAAAACGCCACAAGCGAAAACGGAAAAAAAGGAAAGAAAAACGAAGAGAAUGUUCUUUCAAAUAACAAACCGCUUUCUGACUAAAGGAAUAUUGUUUGCAGAAUUCUGAAGUAUAUAACCGCGUUCGAGUUGAAUCACAUGCAUGUUUUGGGCAAAUUUACCGAUGAGCUAAAUUUUAAUUGUACAGACUGGAACACAGACUCAUCGCGAGUUACAAAGAUUGCUGAGUAUUACAAAUACAAAUCCUGAAUAUUUUGACGAUUCUCUGUCCUCGUGUUGAAUUCUUUUCUAUAGAUCAAAAGCGACAGUAAAGGAAAGUGUCUAAAACCUCAAAUUCAAGCGGCACCUAGUACAUGUAGAGUAUUGAAAAGAUACUUUUGUUAAUCAUAUUUCAGGGUGAGAAAGGCGAACAAGGUCUCUAUAAAGAAAGUGGAGGAAAAAAUGCUGUCAAGGUGCGUGACUCACUUGAUUUUUAUCACCAAAGCUCACAAUUUUUUUGUAUCAUUGAUCAGUAAUUAUCAUUUCAGUCGCAAGUUUUAGCGAAAAGUUUCUUCUUUUCAGGGAGAUGAAGGAGAACGAGGACCGAAGGGAAACGACGGAAUGAACGGCUUAAAGGUUUGUGUUUAAAUUUCCUACUAAUUUGACUUCAAAACCACAAAAAGGGCAAAAUAAAAAAACUUAUUCGUAGAAGCAACAAGAAGUAUGAUUGUGAUAUAAUAUUUCUUUUUCAAUACUUAGGGAGUCAAAGGGGAGCAGGGCUUUCAUGGGAAAGAUGGAAUAAAUGGAACAAAGGUAAGUCGAUGCUUUUUCUUAAGAAACCUUAGUUCGACUUCAUGAGGUUUUUCAGGAAAAUCUAAGUUAACUUACCUGCCAAACAACAAAACAGCAAAAGAAAAGCUGUCCAUAAGUUAAGGAAAGUCAUUAGGCCUUCCAGAAAAAAGAAAAAAAAAGAAAAAAAAGUAAUCCUCUGGUUGAAGGUUAAGCUGUAAGGGUUGGUGAGCCGUGACCAUUUAAAAGCCUUGUCAUGACUUAGUUGCAAUUAAAAUUCUGUACCUACUGUCGCACCACUACCAAAGAGUUUUGUGGCCAUUUCUCAAAUAUCUUCUAACUCUAUUUCUACGAUGUAUUUCGUUUUCUUUAUUUAAUCAUGAAAUAAACACUUUUAAUUUUUAUUUGUCAGGGUCAAAAAGGCGAAACCGGUCCGGCUGGUAAAUCACCUCAAGGUGCCGUCAAGUUCCGUGACACCGCUGAGAAAUAUACUCUGCGAACUGCUGGCACGGUUCGCUACAAUGUCUCCCAAAAAGCCUUGCAACUCUGCGAUGGCAAUGCUUGGUUGCCAUUAGUUACUGAAAGGAAAGGUCACGUGGUCAGUAGACCUGGCCGUCACUGUAUGGAUAUCCAAAAAUCCGGUGGGACUGAUUCUAAACGGUUUGGAAAAUAAUUGAGUUUAAAAAAAUAUCGGGUCACCUCAAAUGAUCAGGUGAUCUCAAAUGAUCUUAAUGGUCUGUUUAAGGUGGCAGUCGUGGUAGCGGACUUUAUUGGAUCGAUCCAAAUGGAGGCUCAACGGGUGUCUCGUUCCAGGCUUUUUGUGACAUGGAGACUGAGAGCGGAGGUUGGACACUAGUUGCAACAAAGGUGUCCCCAAACUUCCACUUUAUCAAAACAGCAUUUUCAGCAUCAGCAGCAAAAACCACAGACGCAGAUGCAGCGAGUCACAUUCAUCCUGACGCAGGGGACUGGAAUGAAGUCAUGUUCCGGUUCAAUGACGUCAGUACCAUCCGGGUUAUUUACAACAGGAAGGCGGGCGCUCCAAAUAAGGACAAAACAGACUUCGACAAGUUCUUGAUGGGGACAACUUUCAACGAGAUAAGGAACGUCCACGGGUUUUACAAGUACAGCCCGGCAGAUUACAAUAAGAGAUAUCCCUCUUCUGGUUUUGUCACAAUAUCCAGGCUGCACUUCUAUUCAAAACAUGGAAUAUCUGAAGCUCAUUAA